AGUCCAUGGAGCCUCCCAUAGGAUAAGUAACCAAGAUGGUAACUAGGGAAGUGUGAUCACAGAUCCUCAGAGGAACACGUGUUUCAGAAACCUGGAGGUGGCACGAAUGGAGACCAAAGUUCCAUAACAACUGGAGACCUAAUGACAAAAUCCUCACACCCUACAAAAAACAAUAGAUCAUCUGUCAUGACAGGUGGGCAGGUGUUUCCACCAUGGUUCCCAAAAGAGAAACCCUUUUCCUUCUGCUCACUGUGGCCUGUGCAGCCUUGGCCAUGGACCUUAAUGAGAUGCCUGAAAACAGGCCUGUCUUCAAAAAUAUGGCCAAGAGACUGAUGAGGAAGUGCCAGGAGAAGGGAUACCCGGUGCCUGAGAUGCCGCAUCUGAAAAUGGUCUUCAAUUACAGUGACUUGCCUAUGGUGGGCAGGAACUCUGACCAGCCCAACACUGUCCUGUCCACUUUCAUGAACAUCCUGAGUUCAGUCUCUCACAUCAAGGACCCACUGAACCGAAUCCCCUCUGAUAAUGAAAUGGCAAACAUGAACUGCAGCUAUCUGCCAUCCAUGAUCAAGCAGAUGAGGAACUCCUCUGAGGCAUCUGUAUGUUACAUGCGUGCAUUUGUGGGCUCUAUGUUCUGGUCGACUUUGACCACACAGAGUGACAACAACAUGGACUCGGACGACUACGACACACUGCUGUGGGCCGCCAAACCUGUGCUGCGGGAUAUGCCUUUAACAAGAAUGGGACUUCCGAUGAAAUUAGCUCACGAAAGAGUGAAAAACAUGAUGAAGAUGCUGCAGGAGAUGUAUAAGCCCUUGUCUGAAGACAAAAGGGACCAGGUGGUAAGAUGGGCAAAACAGCAGAUUGCACAGAACUACUUCAACUGCACAAUGAUGCCAUCAUCUGACUCAGGUUUAAAGAUGGAGAUGCGGUCUUGUAAAUCUUCACUGAAAUGGCUGAACUCGGAGACGAUGAAGAUGAUGGGACCCUAUCUCUGCCAUUUAACACCAAACGAUGUUGAUUGUUCUCCCCAGGAAAAGCUCUGUGAAUUUUUCCGCUCGGCUCAAUUCAAAUCCGCCUUGAGAAUGGCGACCAAGAUGAACCCCAGCCUGGCCAGCAAGUUUCUCCAAAGGUUUCGAGAGUGCUUCAGUGGAGAUGAGGAGUUUGCACAGCAUGUGGACAAGCUCGGCAUACUGGCCUGUUAUUAUUACCCUGCUCCAGACUUGACUUCUGAGCUCGGCACGAAACUCCUCUCUGAGCUUGAUGACUGCGACAACCCCAGAAUCAAAAUGCUGAAGAUGCACCUUGUCAAGUCUGCAAUGUCAGAUUCCAACACUACUCAAACAUUACGGGAGCUUGGCAGCAGCGUUAGCUUGCUCUCUCCCAGACAACUGUCCAUGAUCUCUUGGAAUGAUCUCAAAGAAAUCUACAAAAAUGCCACUGUACAAUGGACACAGAGCCAGAUGCGCACCCUGGUCAAGAAACAUCUGGGCAACACGACGUGUAAAGAGGUGUCAUGUGAGGAGCUGAUGGACCUUCAAUCAGUUGCAGGAGGUUUGCCAAACUGUGUGCUCAAGCAUGUCAAAGUCAGGGAGCUCCUGAAUGACACAGAGGCCUUGAUGAACAUCUCCAAGCUCAUGAAGAAGGGGCAGUUGAAGGCCAUGCUGCACGGGCUGCGUGAGGAUGUGCAUCCCUCAGAGCUGGUGGAGAAGCUGCAGGGUGCUUUGCUUCGCCGACUCUCUUUGAGCGUCCUGGCGAAAGCAAGCAUCACGUCUUUGGAUCAAGUGGAGAAUAAAAUAUGGCGUCUGUCACAGGCAGCUUACCUGGCAAAAAAGAUGCAGAACCUAAAUCAGCUUCAGUACAGGAGGUUGCAUUCAAUCCUUCAGGGCAUAACCUGUAAGAUGAUUGAUAAAGUAGCAGCCAGUGAUGUGCAAGACAUGACUCAGGCCAUAUGGGAGACUCCACAGUGGCUCUCCAAAGUGCAGGCAGGAUGUGCUGCCCGGAAGCUUUUUGCAACUUUAGAAACAGAAAGAACUGAUUAUUUCAAAACCAUCACUGAGGAGGAGAUGGACCAGAUUCCCACAGCAUUACUUCUUCAUCUGCCGCCGUCGAAGGUGAUGGACUUGCCCGACUCUGUGUGUCCCGUGUUUCUUGACAAGAUGGAGGUGGCCAACCUGAGCUCACUGCCUCUUCGUGCUCCCUCUCGCCCCUUUCUCACCCAAAGAGCUCUGCUUUGCCUGGGGACAAACCUAUCCAGACUGAGCACUGAGGAUGUGUCCAGGCUUGGACCUCUCUUAUGUGAGCUUCAGCCUUCCCAACUGCGUCUCGUGGCGUCCAGUGUCCUCAACUCCACCCUCCAGGCCAUGGCUUCCUGCCAGCAUAUUCCUCAACACCACAGGGCAAAUCUAAUUCAGCUGGUCAACGACACUUUUGGAGAUCCAUCUGAUUGGUCAGCUGAGACUAUGGAAAAGCUGGGUCCUCUCCUGCUUUUGGAUGAUAAUGCUACAUCCGCUCUGCCUAAUAAGCCGUGGAUGAAAGACGUUCUCUUUUUCCUGUGGUCACGCCUGUCUCAGGCCUCUGACACGUUGAAAAAGAAAGUCUUCAUUCUCACCACCACCACAUCAACUGCAGCACGUAGCAACACUGGAACUGACAGUAGCACAGCAAAUGCUCAAGUACCGACUGUGGAGCUAAUAGAAGAACUGGGAAUGAACAACGUCUACUGGAGAGCCGAACAGCUCGAUCAGAUGUCAGUCGAAACCUUCACUGCUACAGUAGAAACACUUGGGAAGAUCUCUGACUACAGUGCAGAUCAACUGGCCGUGCUUAGGAAAAAGGCAACUGAGGCCUUUGGCCCAGUGUCAAACAUGACUGAAAGUGAGGUGAUGCAGAUGGGGUGUAUAACUCAGGGCCUCUCCAACACAGACCUGGAGCAGCUCCCCCUCUCCCUGGACACUCUGGAAGAAAUUGCCCGCUGUGGCUGGAGUGAGUCGCAGAUGGAGCCAGUGUGGAAGGCUGUUGCCAAAUACAACAACGUGACAGCGCAGCAGCUGGGAGUUGUAGAGAUGGUAGCAUUGAACCGCUUCAUCUGUGGCCUAAACUCCAGAGAGAUCGGACAGCUCAACAUGGACGCCUUCAAGGAAGCUGUGGACUCAAUGGAUGGUGUUCAGUGCUCCAUCAGUGUUACACAGCAGUUAAAAAGGCUUGCUGUGUCUGCGUUUGGACAUCCCAGCACCUGGACUGAAGCAGAAGUCUCAGAUCUGGGCAACAUUAUCGCUGGUUUGGGUGCAGCUGAACUUGCUUCUUUAGACCCGUCUGUCUUCUCAUUCAUCAGCAAGUCGUGUGUCCCUCGCAUACCACCAAGCAACUUGGCCGCCCUCUCUGCUGCUCACCUGGAGGCUCUCGGACCUGAUAAUGCUGCAAUGGUAACCAGUGAACAGCAGGCUGCCCUAAGAGACGUGCAACUGGCCGCGCUCGAAAGGGCCGCGACCGGGUCUCGUGCGCAACAAACACAAAGCCCAGGAGAGUCAGGAGCUCCGUCACUGAGUGUCGAGGGGAUCUCAGCCUUCGUGAAGCCCCUUCUCUUUCUCUUCACUGGCUUCCUGCUGCUGUGAGAACAGAGCGCCACCAAAUCCUGCUACAAAACUGCGUAGGAGCUUUAGAGAACCGCGCACACAGAAGUUAUCAUUAUCGUACACUCGAGACAAGAUGUCAUUUUUAUAAUUUGGGAUGAAGGCGUGUUUUUCAUCGAUGGACUGUCUGAGACAACUUAUGUGUGAGCGUAGAGUGUGGCUGCGAACAGCAACAAGCACAAAACGUAAUCAUAUGACCUGGUAAGAUGUGUAGAUUCUAUUGUUAUUACAUUUUAUGGCAUUCACUUUCAAAGGCCCAGUGUUUAGGAUUUAGCUGCAUCUAGCGGUAAUGUAGCAGACUGCAACCAAAUGAAUACUCCUCAACACAGCCUCCCUCCCCACAGCACGUAGGAGAACCUACGAUGGUCAGUGGUGGACUCCACAGAGGACCAGAAAAGGACAGAAAGGAUCCGGUCCCUUUAAGAUAACAAAAACACUGUUCUUAUUUUCAGGUGAUAAUAGAACAUUAUGAAUAUUAUAUUCCAUUUCUGCUAAUAGAGCCAACUAAAUUCUACGCACUGGACCUUUAAAUAUUCUAUCUCUGUAUUUAUAAGAAAGUAUAUUUUAAUAGAAUGAAGAGGAAUAUUUAAUCCAUGUCUGUUGUCCACUAUAUGGAACAUCUUUAUCUCAUUAUCUGGAUAUGUGAUACUGCACUGACAAAAUGGAAAAUGAACAAUGUUCAAACUCAACAAAUAUCAAUACACUUAAUCAAUUACUGCUGUAUUUGAAGAUGAAAAGCAAAUUAAACAGACAAUAUGACAAUUUUGAA